ACCGACAGUCCGCCCUGAGCAUCCCUCGACGUCGGGACGCCGUCGCCCCCUCAUCAUCACCCACACGACGUUUCGGUAUUUGCAAAAACGAACGCGCGUGCCCACCCUCAGACUCGUGCCUCUCGCGGUUUUUGUUUAUGUUUUCUGUGUACACACGCGAACCGGUGAGGAGAGUGAGUAGUGAGUCUUUUUUUUUUUUUUUUUGGUGUGAGGAGAAAGCAACGUGGUUUUUCGUGGUGAUGUCAAAAAACGCAUAAAAAAGUGGAUGUGUGUGUCAACUGCAGUACUAAGGACCAGACAUGGUAUUCUGGACGACAUGAAAUCUAGGAUAAACGCCGCAAUUCGAUGGAUAAAACUCACCCUUAUUUUCGUCUUGGUGGCCUCCGCUGUGGGUUCGGCCGAUUCGAAGAGCCACACGAGGCACCCGCACGGGGCGCACCGACGCCCCAUAAGAGCUGACACCAGGACCAACCUCAGCUAUGAGAAAACCGCGCAAAACGGCGAGACCUACACCCAAACAUUUGCCAAGCAAAACACGAAGAUCGUCCUGGAUUGCGCGGUUAACAUCAAUUUUAGUACCAGUAUAUGGCUGAAAGAUGGCCAAAUAGUGCAAACUAUACCGAAAGAGGGCAACCCCAACAAACGCGCCAUGGGCCAUCGGUUCUUCGUGGAUGGUGUGGGAAAUUUGUACAUCGAAAAUAUCCGAAUUGAAGAUGACGGAAAAUGGCAGUGCGAAGCCGAAGAUGCUUUCGGGUUUGUCGUGCAGGGAAAACCGAUUUUGCUCACCGUUUUAGACCCGCCCAAAAAGGGCUACUUAAUGAUCGACAACCGAAUCCUCGAUCCGGGCAACCCUUUCAUCCCUGUAAAGGAAAACGCGGACCUCAAGGUCUCCUGCGUGGUAGACGAGGGCAACCCUAAGCCCACCCUGUCUUGGGAACUCGCCUUAGGCUCCAUGGCCCUUCUGGACAUGCCGGAACUACCCCUGGAGGUGCUCAAUUUAACCGAGACUGCCAUCGAUCAAAAGGCGAGACUAACAAGUCUUCUUCUUCCAUAUUUUUCUUACCAAAACGAACCGUUUUCUUUACAGGUUGGCGCAAGAAAUGAUGCUCACAUGGCCAAAGUUUUAAGGGCUCACCACAAUGCCACCCUUACAUGCCUCAUCAGACACAUCGCCCUGGACAAACCCUUGAACGUCUCUGUCCUGCUUAAUGUUCAAUAUACCCCCUCGUUCGCCAUAUCAAGGGAGCCGGGGUUCGGUUUCCCCAUAAGGGAGGGGAUGCCGGUCUCUUUGAAGUGUGACGUCGACUCGAACCCGAAGGCGAAACCGGUUUGGCAGAAGGACGACACCGAUCCACCGGUGCUCCAGAGUCCCGACGGUUUCCUGAACUUCACGGAAAUCCGUCGGGAGCACAGUGGAUGGUACAAAUGCAUCGCCCGGCACAUGCUCGGACGUUUCAGCAGUAUCGGUUACUUCCUCAAUGUCCAUGAUAUGGAAGUGACUCAGGAGCCAGAGUUCGACGUCGGAGAACUGAGUUCGACCGGGAGACAGGUGGAGGUGUCGCUCGGGGGCGCUGUGCAGCUCGCAUGUCCUCCAGGUACGAGCGGGUGUUGGGCGCGGGUCGAGCCUGGCACGGGGCGUCUGGAGCCCAUCGGGGCUUCCCAGGAGCUCCGCCUGGACAACGUCAUCUAUCAGGAGGGGGGCGAGUACCGGUGCGUGGCGCCACCUAAGGAGAACGUCAAGAAACUCGAGGCGAUCAGGAACGCCAUGUCCGUCAACGUUCUUGUCACCGGUCAGCCGACGAUAAACCCGACGAACAAGAGCAUCACAGCGGUCUACGGGCAGCCCCUCACACUCACCAUGGAGUUUUGUGCGAAUCCCGAGUACUCGAAAGUGCUCUGGAUAGCGAAGAACCAGAGGGUCUACAGGCCAGGGGAUGCUGAUAAGACGAUUCUGGCCUACGGGAUAACGAACACCAGCUACUCUCACUGCCACCAAGCGGUCCUUUUCCUCACUAAGGUGACCGCUGCUGACGUGGGGGAGUAUAAUUUUAUAGUGAGGUCUUCUCACGGUCUGGCCGAGGGCAGUUUUUUUGUAAAUAUGACGUACGCCAGCGGGUACGGCGGCUUGUCCCCCGAGACCUCCUCAUCUAACGCCCCCAGACUAGUUCUAACUACAAUUUAUAUAAAUGUGAUUUGUUUAUUAAUAUUAAUGAUGAUAAACUGUUAAUUAUUUUUUGA